GUGUUGAAGUCGAAAUGAAAGACGUAUUUGGCCAGACACCCCUCCUGUGGGCAGCACGGGUAGGGCAUGGAGCGAUUGUGAAACUACUCUUGGAACGAAGGGGUGUUGAAGCCGACAUGAAAGACGGAUAUGGUCAGACACCCCUCUUGUGGGCAGCACGGCUAGGGCAUGUAGCGACUGUGAAACUACUCUUGGGACGAAAGGGUGUUGAAGCCGACAUGAAAGACAAGUAUGGCCUGACACCCCUGUCGUGGGCAGCACAGGGAGGGCAUGUAGUGAUUGCAAAACUACUCUUAGAACGAAAGAGUGUUAAAGCCGAAAUCAAGGACGAAGGGGGCCAAACACCGCUUUCGUGGGCAGCGCGAGGUGGGGGAAUACUCUCGGGGUCGUUAGGGAGAAACGAAUCAGUUGUCGAGCUACUCGUCAAACGACACGACAUCGAUGUUAACUCAAAGGACAAUGACGGCCAUACGCCGCUCUUGUGGGCAGCACGGGCAGGGCACGAGAAAAUUACGGCACUACUCUUAGAACACGAGGAUGUUAACAUUAACGUAAAGGAGAAGGUAGGGGGUCAGUCAUCACUUUCGUGGGCAGCACUGAAAGGGUAUGAAGCAGUUGUGGGACUACUCUUGCAGCGAGAGGAUAUUGAAGCUGACGCAAAGGAUGUUCACGGCCAGACGCCGCUGAUGUGGGCGGCAGUCGGAGGAUACAAAACGAUUGUGGGUAUGCUUUUGGAUCGGAAGGAUGUUGACCCUGCGGCGAAGAGCGACUCCGGCGCAACAGCACUGGGGAUGGCGGAGGGGAAGGGACACGAGGCGAUCGUGGAGUUACUGGAGUUGAAGCUGGAGCACUCCCGGGCCGGAAGGGGUGUGGAUGAUUCGAGUGGGAAGGGGGAUGAGAGUCAGGUUUAAGGACUCUGGGUUGGAUCGUGAUUGCCUUCACAGACGACAGUUGGUCUAUAAUUCGGACUGCCAACAUCCACCUCGUGCAAUACGUACGAGCAGCCGAAAUCACAUCGGCCGCCGUCAUCACUAGCGCCACCAUCCCUUACGCUCACGCGCCAACAGAUGCGUAAUCUGGCAUGAUGAACUCUGAAGUAAUCCCCGGAGAACUUAGACAGAUGCCAACAUCUGUCAAAGUGCGGGGCAGCGACGGGAGUGCCGUGGGAUAGAUGCGCGUGCGAUGGACGCGAAGGAUGAUAAUACUGAGUACCGAGUACCGAGAUAUGCAGCGUGUUGUAGAACACGGGAAAGUCACCGGUACCGGCUGGAUAUGCAGACAUGCAGACUACAGACCCCUGCCGGCUGAAUGCCUUCUUGGUCUUGGUGGUGGCUUGCAGAACUUUUCCAGCAACCAUCACAGAACGAGCCACAAGCCUGCUCCACGUAGCCAAGAUAGACGCUAAGCGGCCGGUUUAUCCCCGCGUCUUCCAUAUAGUGAUGUUUUUGAGAAUAUGGCCUGUUGAUAUAGUAAUAUGCCUAUAAAUAAAUAGAAUAAACAAACAAUAUACCCC